AUGAACGUCCCUUCACCUUUCGGCGGGAACACUCCCUCCAUUCCGCAGCUUGGUGGCCAGGAUCCAAAUGUCAGAGCUAUCCAAGGCGCAAUGGAGUCAUGCUAUGGAAAGUCCAUCAUGUCAGGAGUGAUGGGUUUCGGCAUGGGCGGACUGUUUGGUCUCUUCAUGGCUUCGAUGUCCUACGAUACACCCUUCGGCAGUCCCCUCCAAGGCGCCAACGGCCAACCUGCCGUCACCUCACUCCCCCUCCGCCAACAACUCAAAAUCGGCUUCAAGGACAUGGGCACGCGGUCCUGGAGCAUGGCAAAGAACUUUGGCAAGGUCGGCGGCCUGUUUUCCGGAAUCGAGUGCGGCAUCGAGGGCCUGCGAGCGAAGAACGACCUGAUCAACGGCGUGGCGGCGGGAUGUCUGACGGGAGGCAUCCUGGCCAAGAACGCGGGACCGCAGGCUAUGGUUGGAGGCUGCGCUGCGUUUGCGGCGUUUAGUGCGGCGAUUGAUGCGUACAUGAGACAGCCGAGCGAUGAGUAA